UCAUGUCCCCCUCCCCCUUCGCCUAACCAUUUACCUUUCAUCUUCCAUUUCCAUUUCCAUUUCCCACUGAGAGUUCUCUCUCUCUCUCUCUCUCUUCUCCGUCCUCUGCAUUACAGCCAUGCCUGUGGUGGUUUCAGACAGCUCCAGAGUGGCAGCAGAGCAUAACCAUAGCAGAUACAGAAGCCAACCCAUUGCAGAAGCAGAUCCAAAUCCUCAUCUUAUCUCUUCCAGCCGCUCCAAAUCCACCAUUUCUGCGCUUCUUCUUGCACCCUUCUCCCCCACAAGCCCCACCCAUGACCCGCCUAUCACCCUUACCCCCAAAAAGAAGAACUUUACAACGUUCAGAGGACUGGGCUGCACUGCCUCGUCUCAAGUGUCGGUGCCCGCCGUGAUUCGCUCCUCGGCGGACUGGGACUCCAGCCGGAGAGUGAAGAAGAAGAAGAAGCUAAGGAGCAAGAAGAAGGCCCUCGAUGUUGGCGGUAACAACGUUAAUAAUCCUCCGGCUGAUGUUUGGUGUGGUCCUGGAAUUGGGUUCGCCACUGACGCUGCCUCUGUUUCUAGAAGGACUGCGUCUAGGAGAGGGAAGGUCGACGGUGAUACUGUCAGACCCCGUGAGAGAUCUGCAUGUACUCUGAGGAGAAUGGUGAUCCCUGAAGACAACCCUUUUCUUGAUUCCGACACUGCCUCAGGAAUGACAAGGUCCCGAAUGGAUGUUUUGGGAUCUAGGCAUCAUCGUUAUUCUCGAUGUGGUUUCCCUGAAGGGCUUGCAGAGGUUGUAAUGCUGCAAAGCCGUUUAAUGGAAGGAGGAUCAGAAGGGCCUGAUCGAUACCGGGAUUGGAGGCUUGAUGUUGAUCACAUGUCAUACGAGGAACUGCUGGAACUUGGUGAUAGAAUUGGAUAUGUAAGCACUGGAUUGAAAGAAGAUGAGAUUGAUCGAUAUGUGCGAAAAACUAAGCUGCCCCUCUCAGCCAAAUUGUCAUCACAUUUCCUAGCAGAAACGGAAAGAAAGUGCAGUGUUUGUCAGGAGGAAUAUGAAAGCGAUGAUGAGAUGGGCAAGCUGGUCUGCGGACACUUCUACCACAUUCAUUGCAUAAAACAGUGGCUUCUGCACAAAAAUGCCUGCCCAAUUUGUAAAUCCACAGCCAGCCGUGUCUAACUCUGCCUAAAUCUCAUAAGCAUUCCUCCAUCUGGUUGCUGCUUUUGUUUCUGUACAGUUCUCAUUGUCAUUGUAAGCAAGAUUAUCACUUCAUUCGAUAUAGCAUUCUGAUUUCUACAUAUAAAAUGAAAACUCUUGACCUUUUGGUUCAUGGGAAUACCAUAUCAGCUGAAGAUUCUGGAUCCAAAGGAUUUGCAAUGCUUUUUUUCUUUUUUUUCUUAAAGAUUAAUUUUGAUUUACGUUCAUCAAUACAGUGCCUAUUACGUGUA